AAAGAAAAAAAAAAGAAGAAAAGAGGUCGAGGUCAACUCGAGUGAAAGUUGAAACAGAAAGCGCGUAGUCAAGGUUUCUGAUCAUCGCGAUCGAGCGACAGCAAGUGGCUGUGAACGGCGGUAAUUAAAUUCAAAUUUCGGGCGGGAAAGCGGGCCGUAACGGUUAAGUGACGGAUCUGGGGAUGUCAAGAGAAGAGAAGAGCCACCAGACCACUCCACGAGACGACUACCAGAACCACAUUCCUCCGUGCUUUCUCCCUGCCUCAAGAUGAUUGACUUCGCGGGACUCUACGCCUUGUGUUCUGAGCGCCCCGAGUGGCUUUCCGGCUACAGGAAACGGUCUCUGGUAUACGACUACUGCUGGCACUUGGUCCAAGAACUGGUUGCCUAUUGGCAAUGGCUAUCUUGCUGCAAUGGUCCCCGGAGGGACGCGUGUGGAGGUUACCCAAUUGAACAUUGAGUCUCUGUGGAGUGGUGGACCAUUUGCUGAUCCUACGUACAAUGGCGGGAAUAAAGACCCGUCACAGCAGGCUUCGCUGGCAAAUUCGAUGCAGCAAAUCAGGGAAACCAUAUGGACGAGUCCAAUUGGCGAGAUUGGAAACGUUGAUGUCCUCGGUGUCGAUGCUGGGGCGUAUGGAUCCUAUGCUGGUGCUGGACAUCUCAUCACAACUCUCAAUAUCAGCGACGGUGGAACAACAAAUUAUUUUCGAUGGCUGGACAUCGACCAGGGCGUCGCUAGGACUUCGUGGACGCAAGACGGUAUUUCGUACCUCCGUUCAUCAUUUUGCUCCCAUCCGAGCAAAGCAUGCACUCAACAUCUCACCACAACGAGUAACUCGACUCUCCCAGCCCUGUCGUACGCGUUCACCGCCUCCCUAGAGAGCGGAUUGCCACAAGUGAACGUAUCGUGUCUCGAUGGUACAAAUAACGCACUUGUUGUUCGAGGCGUUGUUGCGGAACCAGGAAUGGCAUAUGAAUUUAUCGCGUGGGCAAAGACCGACACAGGUGUCACGACGUGUAUUCCGAGCGCGACAAACGCGACUCUUGUCGUGAAGGGAGCCAACGAGGCCUGGAUCUCGUGGAUUGGAGACACCGAGUUUGACCAGGAUGCCGGCAAUCAGGCGAACGCGUUCUCUUUUAAGGGUGCCGAUCCGCAUACGAAGUUACUUCCGUUCUUCAACAAAACUUCUGCGGUAUAUGCGAAUAUCUGGAAGGAGCAUCUUGAUGAUUAUACUGCGCUGAUGGGCUCCUUUACUUUGGACCUGGGUCAAACCGUCGAUCUGGAGAACCCGACCGAUGUGUUGAGAGCGGCGUAUCAGGUCGGCGUUGGAAAUACUUACUUGGAAUGGCUAGCAUUCAAUUUCGGGAGGUACUUGUUGGCAGGCAGGCAAUGGGCAGAUGGCUUGAGUAAUGCUUGGGGAGCGGAUUAUCAUUCCAAUAUCAAUAUUCAGAUGAACUAUUGGGUUGCUGAAGCUAGCGGAAUGGAUGUAACUGCAUCAUUGUUUGACUACUUUGAGAAAAACUGGGCGCCCAGAGGAGCUAUCACGGCACAGGUCUUGUACAACAUAUCCCGAGGAUGGGUAACUCAUAAUGAGAUUUUCGGUCAUACGGGAAUGAAAGCGGGCUCUGCACAAUGGGCUGAUUACCCUGAAUCGAAUGCGUGGAUGAUGGUUCACGUAUGGGACCAUUUUGAUUAUACCCAGGACGUAGCGUGGUGGCAGGCGCAGGGGUGGCCGCUGAUCAAGGCCGUCGCUGGUUUCUACUUGGACAAACUGAUUGAGGACGAAUACUUCAAGGAUGGAACGCUUGUUGUAGCUCCGUGUAAUUCGCCGGAACAAGUGCCUAUUACGCUCGGUUGUGCUCACGCACAACAGCUGAUCUGGCAGCUAUUCAAUGCCAUAGAGAAGGGAUACCCGUUCUCUGGGGACCACGACCCGGAAUUUUUGGCAGAAGUACUGGACAAACGGUCGAGGAUGGAUAAAGGUAUCAAAGUAGGAAGUUGGGAGCAACUGCAGGAAUGGAAAGUCGAGAAAGAUUCACCAACAGAUACCCAUAGACACCUUUCACAUCUGAUUGGGUUGUAUCCUGGAUAUGCGAUCGGGGCUUUCAAUGACUCGGUUUCGAACGUGACGGCGGAGCAGGCAUUAGCUGCUGCAAAGGUGAGCUUGAUCGCAAGAGGAAAUGGGACUGGACCGGACGCGGACGCGGGCUGGGAGAAAGCAUGGCGUUCUGCCUGCUGGUCGGCCUUGAAGAACGGGGAACAGGCGUGGUGGGAGUUGACUUACACAAUCGAUCGAGACUUUGGCCCAAACUUGUUCAGCUUGUACGAUCCGUCGAGUUCGGACCCAAUUUUCCAGAUCGACGCGAAUCUCGGUCUCCCGGGUGCUCUCAUGAACAUGCUUAUCCAGUCGCCUGAUGUUGCUUCUUGGAAUGAUACCUUGAUCAUCCAGAUUUUGCCUGCGUUACCGCAGGCGUAUGCCGCAAGAGGACGCGUGACUGGGGCACGCGUCAGAGGCGGGUUGAAUGUUUGGUUUGAAUGGGCAGACGGGCUUGUCGGGAGAGUAGAUGUCAAUAUGGCAGAUGUGGGCACCUUCAGUGCAGGUAGGAAGGUGCGAGUUGAAGUAGGUGCGAACGGUGAUGUCAAGGGUGAAUUUGUACUUCGGAAUGGGGGAAGUGUAACGUUGAAUUGAAGAUUUUGAUUAUAUGUACUGUAUGGGUAGGAGCGGUCUGGAUGUGUACUAACGACGUGUAAUGCAUUUACUAAGUACAA